GGUUUAAUCUGGCGGUGGCAGAUAUAGAACCCCUUGAGCAAAAAGAGUUCUUUCUGUGUCUUCCAGAAUCGGAAAACAUGGAAGAAGACAACUUGCCAAGAAUCAGAGACGUUCCCGUGAAAAAGAGACAUGAACUCUUCAUGAAAAAGCUGAGACUCUGUUCGGAAUCACUUGAGACAAUCAUUCCAAUUGAUACCAAGCUUAAAAUACUUAAGGAGCUGUUGGAUUAUGUUCCUUCUCUUGACUCUCUUCCGGAUGAUGUAGUCCAGCUAAUCAAGGAAAUGGUAGCGGCAAACAUUUUCAGGCCAUUUCCUUCUCCCUCCGCUCAUGUUUCUGAUAUUAACUAUGAAACUGACGAACUCUAUGAUCCGGAGAUCAAACGGCCACUGGUUGAAGAGUCCUGGUUCUUUCUGCGACACGUUUACCAAUUCCUCAGAUAUGUUGUCGAUGCUGGCUUGUUGCGAGAUGAUCAUACUGAGGAUUCCUUUGUUAAAACCCUGUUGAACAUUGCAUUGGAUGCAGAUGACCACAGAGAAGCUAUAUCUGUCACAUUCCUUUUAGCCAUCUGUACAUCACAAAGUGCAGUGUGCCCUCUGUUGUCGUUCGCUAAUGAUCGGAUUCGUGAGUUGUGGGUGCCACUACUAGCAGAGAACAGAAUGUUUCUGGAGCGGGUUUUGAUUCCCAUGCACAAGAUCAGCUCUUACUCCAUUUACAGUCGGUGCUUAAGCCAAUGCAUGUUAGCGUUUUUAGCCAUGGACAGUGAACUCGACAAUUUGAUGAUUCGGGGUAUUUUCAGCGGCAGGCAGAGACCCUUGAGGAGUACUUGUGAGAUCGAACUAUUGGAUGAACUGAAAUCUCUGAUGACACACACUCUGCUUGGAAGAAUCACUCCAUCUAAUGCUGAGCUUGUGUUUAGGUGGAUUGCCAAGUGCUUGACAAGUUUACAUGCAAAGGUGGUGACCAAAGCUUUGAACAUUUUGAAAUGGCCUAGAUUUAUUUUAUUUGCCAAACAGCGCAAGCAGGUUUCUGUUCCAAUUAUAACACCGGCGCUGGAAAAUGUAGGAAACCAGUUCUUGUGGGACAAUAACGUUCGGGAACUUGCAGCUCGUGUUCGCGAGCAGUCCUACAACGAGAAUGAUGCUGACUGGCAGUUUGGAAGCAGAACAAGGAGAAGAAAACGAUGGCCAUGUUAAGCAACUUAUGCUUUUGAUGACAGUUUGAACUUUUUCAUAGACUUGAGACACAAAUCACUUCUCUGAUAAGCAUAGAAAGUGAGAGCAGAAGGCAUAAAAAUGUUGAAUGCAUGCUACCCGACAAGUAGAAAUUUUUGGCUUUUCUUAUGUUCAUAUCAGUAAAGAUGGAAACAGUUU